GCGAUUAACACUGCCCACAAGCUCCGAGACGUAGGAAAGAUGGAAUAGAACAGCGAAUGUGUCCGUGCAAAGCUGUUUAAGGAUGUCUGCCACUCGUCUCUUCUCCUAGAAGUGCUCUGCAGGGUAAGAUCUCGAUGCACACUGCUUCUUUCUCUCUCUUUAAGGAAUCUCUGAUCCUUGGAGGCAUGGACUACAUAUUAUUCCAACCUUCCCGGGACUCCAUCUCUGAGAUUUUGGAGCAUCUUCUUUUAGCCCUUGUCUAAAUGAAUAAGGGAUAUCUGUGUCAUUGAUUCCAUCACCGCUGAAAGGUUUCGACUGAGAGUUCCUGUUCGUUUCUUUGUGAUCAUGCACUAAAAUCAUCGGUUGGUACAUUGAGGGCACACCUGUCUCUCAAAUUCACUCACUUGUGUGGAUGUAAGCAGAACUCCGCGGCCGGGAUUUUAAGCAUCCUUGUCAUUUGUCCAGCAUGGAUAAAGGGAUUUCUGUAUGCUUGCUUUUACAUUGAACCUGCCUGCGUGAGACAAGGUGAAAGGGGUUUUGGAGACGUUGGGAAUAAGGCGGCCACACUAAAACGCUGCACGUGGGCGGACCAUCUUCGUAAUUCCAGCAAUUCUGAAGAGAGGAUGCUGCAGAAGACCAGUAUCAGAGUGACCCCAACCUGAUCGCUCCCCCCUUUCCCCGCCCAGUCCUCCACAAUCCCAUGAUGCUCUGCCCGUGCCGAGGGAAGCUGAAGCUGCUGGUGGUUUCCCUGAGUUUCAUCAUCCUCUUCACCUGGGUCUACCUGCUCGUGGGGAACUCAGAAAACGGGCGCUCCCUUCUCCUCUCGGCAUGCCUGGUGGAAUCCACGGAAGCUCGGCUGCUGGAACGGGACGUCCUGGCAUCACGGGUUCGAGAGGUGGAGGAGGAGAACCGGCAGAUCCGGUUACAGCUGAGCCAAUCGCAGGGCCUGGCUGCCCAGCCUGCCGAGGGUAACUAUGGCAACCAGCAGUGGGUGGCGUCGGCAGAUACCGGUCCGGAGGAUGUGGAAAACACGGCCGAGGAACGGGCCAAUCACAGCGAGUGCUCUCGCUCACCCACCGCCGAGAAGUGUGAGUUGAUUCACGUGGCAUGUGUGUGUGCGGGUCACAACGCCAGUCGAGAUGUCGUCACUCUGGUCAAAUCCAUCCUGUUCCACAGGAGAAACCCCCUGCACUUUCAUUUCAUCACCGACACGGUGGCCAAUCAGAUCCUCAGCACUCUGUUCCAGUCGUGGAUGGUGCCGUCCGUACAAGUCAGCUUCUAUGAUGCAGAUGAACUCAAAUCGGAGGUGUCAUGGAUACCAAACAAACACUAUUCAGGAAUUUAUGGCCUGAUGAAGCUCACCCUCACCAAAGCUCUGCCAUUCAACCUUUCAAAGGUCAUCGUCCUCGAUACGGACAUCACCUUCGCCACCGACAUCGCUGAACUGUGGGCCAUCUUCCGCAAGUUCACAGAGAAACAGGUGAUUGGUUUGGUGGAGAAUCAGAGUGAUUGGUACCUCGGUAAUCUGUGGAAAAAUCAUAAACCCUGGCCAGCGCUUGGUCGGGGGUUUAAUACAGGUGUGAUUUUACUGUACCUUGAGAAACUGCGCAGGAUUGGCUGGGAACAGAUGUGGAGACUGACGGCGGAGCGAGAGCUAAUGAGCAUGCUGUCAACAUCUCUGGCAGACCAGGAUAUAUUCAAUGCAUUCAUUAAACAAAACCCAGUUCUGGUACAUCAGCUUCCUUGCUUCUGGAAUGUCCAGUUAUCGGACCACACACGCUCUGAACAGUGUUACACUGAAGUAUCCGACCUGAAGGUCAUUCACUGGAACUCCCCCAAAAAGCUGCGAGUAAAAAACAAGCAUGUGGAAUUUUUCCGCAAUCUUUACUUGACGUUUCUGGAAUACGACGGGAAUCUACUCCGGCGAGAGCUCUUCGGCUGUCCCAACCAGGCCAGCUCAGAGAGCACAGUGCUUCAGCAAGCACUGGAGGAGUUAGAUGAGGACGACCAGUGCUAUGACUUCCGGAGGGAGCGGAUCAUGUUGCACAGGGUUCACCUGUACUUCCUGCAGUAUGAAUACACGCCUACAGACGACGGCACGGACGUCACGCUGGUCGCACAGCUCUCUAUGGACAGACUGCAGAUGCUGGAGGCCAUCUGCAAACACUGGGAGGGCCCCAUUAGUUUGGCCCUGUACAUGUCUGAUGCCGAGGCCCAGCAGUUCCUCCGCUACGCUCAGGCCUCUGAAGUGCUCAAAAACCGCAAGAAUGUGGGUUAUCAUAUUGUUUAUAAGGAAGGCCAGUUCUACCCUGUCAAUCUGGUACGCAAUGUGGCUCUUCGCAAGGUCAACACACCGUACGUCUUUUUGACUGAUGUAGACUUUCUGCCCAUGUACGGCCUGUACGAUUACCUCAGAAAAAGUAUUGUCCAACUGGAUAUGGCCAACACCAAGAAGGCCCUGGUUGUACCUGCCUUUGAGACUUUGAGAUACCGCCUUUCCUUCCCCAAAUCUAGAGCCGAGCUGCUGUCAAUGCUGGACAUGGGGACUCUCUACACCUUCAGGUAUCAUGUAUGGACGAAGGGUCACGCCCCAACCAAUUAUGCCAAAUGGAGGACAGCCACAACCCCAUACAAAGUGGAGUGGGAAGCAGAUUUUGAGCCGUAUGUUGUUGUACGACGAGACUGUCCCGAGUAUGAUCAGAGAUUUGUAGGCUUUGGCUGGAACAAAGUAUCUCAUAUCAUGGAGCUUGAUGCUCAGGAAUAUGAUCUCAUUGUGUUACCAAAUGCCUUUAUGAUCCACAUGCCACACGCGCCAAGCUUUGACAUCUCAAAGUUCCGAUCCAGUCCGAGUUAUCGUUACUGCUUGACAACUCUAAAGGAUGAGUUCCAUCAAGACCUUUCUCGAAAGUACGGUUCAGCUGCUCUUAAGUACCUCACGGCGCAGAGGAACAUCUGAAACCUGUUUCAAAUGUACUUUAGCACACAGGAGAAUGAUUUGAUCUAGUCCUUUGAGACUAAAGGCCAAUGCUGCUCUGGUUAAGGAAUUGGUGUCUAGAGUUAGGAACAAAGCUGCCGUCAUACAGACCCAUGCCUCUCUUGAGUACAGACUAUAAAAUCGGAGCUUUAAUUUUUGUUUUGAUUGCAAUUCAGACAGCAGCAAACUCUGAAACCAAUGACAUCAGCACCACACCCACCUCAGACUGGUUAACACGAAACGGGGUGGUGAAAACUCGACCAAACAUUUAGACGGCUUCAAAACAACGUAACAAAGGACAUCGUUUUACGUCUGUGGAGCAUUUGUAAUGAGUCAAUUGCUUUAUAGUCUAAAGACAACGGUCAUGAUCAAGACCUUUUUUUGACAAUCAGGGCUUUUUCUUCACCACAGAUCUACAGCUAGUAGUCCAUGUCUCUACGCAGCUUUGAAAACCUUCCUGUGGAAUAUUAACGGAGUGGAAAUGAACUUGAAAUGAAUAAGCUUUCCAAAUACUCUUCUGCUGGACUGAAGUGUGGGGAGGUCAACAAGACGAGAGGAACAUUUAAGCCUUAUAAUUUUCUUGAUAUUUAAAAUAUUUAAAAUAUUUUUCUUUGUUUUUAAUGCAGAUGAAAAAAAUUACGGAGGAUGACUUACAGCCUAUGUAUGUUUUACACUAUAAAAAAGAAAAUCACAGUAUUUUUUAAUUUAUCUACAUUGAUUCGCUUGUGAUAAAUACGGACUUUGAAUGCUUGACACAGAGUAUUUGUGUGUGGUCCUGGGGUCCUGAAUGUUGUAAAGAUGUUUCUGUUACGUUAAGAAUGAUCAGUCUUCUGAUUAUGUAUAACUGCUGCAUUUAUAUUUGACACAUAAAAUGGCGCAUAUUCUGA